GAAAGAAGUCACGAGGUGCAGUAUCAGAAAAAAUAAACUAGAUGAUCAGUAGACGAUUGUGAAUCUGAGAUCUAAUACAAGCUAGUUAUCGAGAAAAUCCAUUUGUUUAACAAGCCGAUCUUUGCAAAAGAUCUUUUCGACAUUGAAAAUUCUUUAGUUAAGCCUGCAGUGCGGACUCUGCCCUGCAAGACACAGGGCCCUUAAACCAUGUGCAGAAAUUUGCUUCCGAUCAAAGCUUUCCUCUGCGUGCUGAUGCUGGCUUCCGGCAGCUACUUCUUUCUGAACGACAUGCUUCGCCCGCGAGCGGCAGUUUUCCCGGUGGCUGACAGGCUGACGGCGCGGGCGCUCCGCCCGAGCGAGGACGGAAGGUCAGACUCGGCGCCCGUCACCUCGGUACCGCCCACGAACGCGGCGCCCGUUACCUUGAUACCGCCCAGCAAGAGAGUGAAGUACGCGAAACUCAGCUGGCUCGGCUACCCCCUGCCUGUGCUCACGUGCCAGCCGAAGGGUCGCCUGGGAAAUCUCAUGGGGGAAUACGCCACCCUGUGGGGCCUGAGGCGCACCUACAACGCGACCGUUCUCGUCAGCCCCAGAAUGAAGACCGGCCUCAGGAUGUUUCCAGCGCUGUCGCUUCCUACUCUUGAAGCCCCUCCCAGAGCGCCAGGCCCUUCGCUACACCAGCGCCCGCGCACAGAGUGGCGGAGGGUGGGCAGGAGAGGCGGCUCCCUCUACAACUUCUCGCUGGUGCAGGCGGCGUCUGCCGGCCUGCUCGGCCCACACCACUUCCAGAUCCAAAACAGUCCCUUCGAGAUGCAGCUCUUCGGACAGUUCAAGGACGACCUCAGGAGGGAAUUCGCCUUCCCCAAGGGGAUUCGAGACCAGGUAAUUCGUACACACACACACACAUAGAUAAAUAGGUAGAUAUAUUUAUAUAU